AUGAGUAUCUCAGAAAAAAUGCUUAUAACUUUUUCGUUUCAAAAAAUAUCAUCUUACUCUCAGACUUUUGGAAUACUUAACAAGCAUUUAUUAAGUGAUGACAUUAAAUUUAAUGAUGUAGUUGCAUGGGAUGAUAAAAGCUUAGAAAGAUUCUCAUAAAAUCAGAAUAAACCUAAUUUUUUACUAUAAAAUUAAUAUUAACUCAAAGAUUAUUGCUAACCUAUUGAACUUUGUUAAUAAAACUAGACAUGUAUUAAUAGCUUUAACAACUAUCUAUUAUAGUAAAAUUACAUGGAUGACAACAUUUAAUAUAAAAAAGCACAAUUUGCAAGCUGGUCGAGCUCGAUGUAUAUAGAUUGGGGUGAUCUUGCAUCAGCAUAAAAAGAAUAUUUAAUUAAAAUGAAUUUACAAUAAACAUUUUGGUAAUCUUAUGUAAUAAAUUAAAAGUAUGAUUUUAUUUAAUCUGUAAGGAUAUACACUGCAAGACAAUCAGAUGGAUUAUAUUAUCAAAUACUUUCAGAGAAUUACUUAUUGGUAUUUAGUCUAUCUUAAAAUACUUAUUACGGAGGACCUUUUGCUUGUGUGAAGCGUAACGGACGCUAUCCUGAAUAUGCUUUCACAAGUACUGAUUAGUUCUAUGGAUUUCUAUAUUAAAAUUAAAAUCUUAAAAUUUGUGGAAACAGCACAUCUCCUUGCUCUUGUCCUUACUUUAAUUAAAAAAGACUUUUACCUCUUGAUUGGAGAUGCAGACCUUGGUAUUAGGAAGCGAAUGAUACUUUCUAUAUUUAAUUUUCUUAGCCAUACAUUGACUUUGGAAUGAAAACAGUAGCAUCUACUUCAACAUUUAAAAUAGUUAAAUCAUAGAAAAAUACUUAUUCAAUACAAGAUGAACUAAAUUAUUAGUAAGAUGCUGUUUAGGCGAUGGAUUUAAACCUAUAAAACAUCUAAACUAGAUUUUUGUAAAAUUUCGAAGAUGACGAAUAUUCUUAUUUAGUAUCAACUAAUCCAAGCAAAAAUUCAACAGAUUACACUCCGUUAAUUAUGGCUCAUCCUAGUAUGAAUAUUA